AGCUGUAUAAAAACUCGGAGAAAAAUCUGAGUUUUUGAUCCUUCUUUUAUCUUACAUUUUUGUUGUUGUUGUUGUUGUUGUUUUUGGAAUUGGUAAAUCUGGAAUCUGCAUGAGCGAUACGGUGAAAGAAGACUUGUUAUUGUUAUUGUUGAGAGGAAUUUGAACACAACAUGUCUGCAAUUUUGUGCGGAAAGAGAUCUAAUUUCUUCGAAGAUUUACAAUCAUCGCCGCCGGUUCCUAAGAGGAUCCGUUGCUCGUCAUUUUCUCCGCCGCGAUCUAAUUAUUUAUCGGCGAUUGAUCAUCUCGUAUCGGUGUUUCCAGAUAUGGACAAACAGUUGGUUGAGAGAGCUCUUCAAGAAUGUGGCGAUGAUCUGGAUUCUGCCAUCAAAAGACUAAAUGAACUUCGCUUGGGGUCUGCUGAGAAUCUGGGCCCCCUCGGAGGAAGAUCUGAUGAAACGGAGGAGACCGGCACUCAGAUCUUAACUCAAGGUAAUGGUGGGCCCACUCCUGUAGAGGAUUCAUCUGCAGCAAAAGAACUGCACAUGGAGAAAACAGAAUGGGUGGAGGUGAUUGUUAGAGAGAUGAGUAGUGCCUCAAAUAUAGAUGAUGCUAAAGCCCGUGCUUCACGAGUUCUUGAGGUCUAUGAGAAGUCCAUUUGUGCCCACUCAACAGAGGCAACAGCUCGAGUUUUCCAGCAGGAAAACAUCAUGCUCAAGCAGCAGUUAGAAGCUACUAUUCAAGAGAAUGCUAUUUUGAAGCGAGCAUUUACAAUUCAACGUGAGCGUCAGAAGGAGUUUGAGGAUAGAGGGGAUGAGGUGAAUCAGCUGAAGCAAAUGGUGGCUCAGUACCAGGAGCAGCUGAGAACGCUUGAGGUUAAUAACUAUGCGCUCACGAUGCAUCUCAAGCAGGCGCAACAAAGCAGCUCUAUCCCCGGGCGCUUCAAUCCGGACGUGUUUUAAUGUAUAUUAUGUCCUUAUUAACGGGUAGGAUAGCAAUAGUCAUGUCCUACCAUCGCUAUAGGCAGCUCUUGAUUCUGGGGAUGAUAUUAAAGCCAGAAUCUGUGUUGCUUGGUUGAAGCCACCUUGUGCUGUUACAAGCCAAUGGGGGUGGCUAUAGUAUCUAGUAAGUUAUAGACAUGGUUUUACUUGCUUUUCUGUUUGUACUUCAAAUUAGACUAUGAGUUUAUACUUUUCUGGUCUUUUGUUAAUGAUAAAAAAAACUAUUUGACUGAUAA